AUGCAUCUAAAAUACUUGGAUUUGGGUGAUAACGAUUUCGGAGGAAGUCGAAUCCCUGACUUCAUUGGAUCCUUGAAACACUUAACCUACCUCAGUCUCUCAAAUGCUCGUUUUCAAGGUAUUAUUCCUGAUCACAUUGGAAAUCUUUCUAAUUUAAAGGUUCUUGAUCUCAGUUUAAACUCUAAGUUGGUAGUAGAAGAUGUGUCAUGGACUUUUGGCCUUUCGUCACUCGAGCAUCUUGACUUGAGUUCAUUGAAUCUUGUUGGAGCACGGAACUUAGACAUGGUGCUUCACAUGAUUAUUCCUUCUUUAAAAAAGUUAAGUUUGUCAUGUUGUGGACUCUCGAAUGCUGAUUUUCAAAAUUCGAGUAGAAUAGUUUCCAACAUUGAACACUUGGAUCUUGGGUUCAAUUCUUUCAAAGGUCCACUCCCUGGUUUUUUAAAAAACAUGACAUCCCUAAUUACAUUCCUGGAUCUUUCAGACUUUGAUGUUAGUUUAGCAUGGAACUUUGCAAACUUGCUAAACAUGAUCCUUUCUUUACGGGAGCUACAUUUGUCAAGUUGUGGGCUCCACAACACGUUUCUGUCUUCCAUUCAUCUUAAUUUCAGUACACUGUCUAACAUCCAACACCUAGAUCUUGGCGAUAAUUCAAUUGAAGGGAUGUUUCCUUCUCUUUUCACAAACAUGAGUUCCUUAAAAGUCCUUGACCUUUCAAGAAACAGCCUCAGUUCAUGGGUUCCAGUGAUGCCUAACCUUCUAGAGCUCGAUCUUUCUUUUAAUGAGUUUAAGCAGAUUGAGCAUGUUGGCAUCUGGAGACAUUGUCAACUGAAACAAUUGAAUGCGACAAGCAAUAGCUUUGAUAAAGAAAUUAUCGACUCACCAAAAAACAAAUCUGAAUGCUCUGGAUAUGCUUUGGAGAUAUUGGAUUGA